GGUAGCUCCGCACGUCGCUGAGCAGAUGGGUGGGAGGGAAGGAAAGGGGAGGCGCCGCACUCUGAGCGUGCCCAGCCUGGACUGCAGGACCGUUCACCUUCCGCUCCAGCACUGCCAGUUCCUGGUCGGUACCGUGACUCAUGCCUGUUGUGCCUGGAAGGGCGGCUCGGCCCUGCAACCCCACAGGUGCUCCCGGCGAGCGCGGGGAUAAAGCUGCCGCCAGGGCAGGCAGUGGAGCGCCGCACGACCCAGCGCCAGCAGGCCCGCUCGGUCGAUGUUCGAGCCCAGGAUGCGGCGCGGCUGGAAGAUGGCCCUGUCCGGGGGGUUGCAGUGCUGCCGCCGGGUACUGGCCUGGGUGCCAGUGCUCAUUAUCGUCCUGGUCGUGCUCUGGUCUUACUAUGCCUACGUCUUUGAACUCUGCCUGGUGACUGUUCUGAGCCCAGCAGAAAAAGUUAUCUACCUCAUAUUCUACCAUGCCAUCUUUGUGUUCUUUACCUGGACCUACUGGAAGUCUAUUUUUACACUCCCACAACAGCCAAACCAGAAGUUCCACUUAUCCUAUGCAGACAAGGAACGCUAUGAAAAUGAAGAGAGACCUGAGGUCCAAAAGCAGAUGCUGGUUGACAUGGCCAAGAAGCUACCCGUUUACACAAGAACUGGGAGUGGAGCUGUAAGAUUCUGUGACCGGUGCCAUUUGAUCAAGCCAGAUCGCUGCCACCACUGCUCUGUCUGUGCCAUGUGUGUAUUAAAAAUGGACCAUCACUGCCCUUGGGUUAAUAACUGCAUUGGAUUUUCCAACUAUAAAUUCUUCCUUCAGUUCUUAGCUUAUUCUGUUCUCUACUGCCUGUACAUUGCUACAACGGUCUUCAGCUAUUUCAUCAAAUACUGGAGAGGGGAAUUGCCCAGUGUUCGCUCCAAGUUCCAUGUCCUUUUUCUUCUCUUUGUGGCCUGCAUGUUUUUUGUCAGCCUUGUGGUUCUCUUUGGCUACCAUUGUUGGCUUGUCAGCAGAAACAAAACCACCUUAGAGGCCUUCUGUACUCCAGUGUUUACAAGUGGCCCAGAGAAAAAUGGGUUCAACCUUGGCUUCAUCAAAAAUAUCCAGCAGGUGUUUGGAGACAAGAAGAAGUUCUGGUUAAUACCUGUUGGGUCCAGCCCCGGUGAUGGACACUCCUUCCCUAUGAGAUGUAUGAAUGAGUCACAGAACCCACUACUAGCAAAUCAAGAGCCCUGGGAAGACGAUGAUGACAACCGAGAUUAUCCAGAAGGUUCAUCGUCUCUUGCGGUGGAAACGGAAACGUAGCAGUUUCACAUUUCCUGCAUCUCUGUGACAGGACCUUCUAUCUCCCAUGAAGCUUACAGAGUUCAAUGUUGGGAACCAUUGUAAUCUUCAAAAUAACUCACCAUGGUGGAUCGAAAACUUCACAAUUUGAAAGCAUUCCAUCAAAUACUUGUGUCGAUACAUGUUUCAGGACUUUGCAAGUCAUUGAAUUUACUGACCAAACUCAUCAAUCUGGUAGCAGUGAAUUCAGUCCAGUCUUCCUCUCCUUCUUUCUUCAUUUCCCCUUCCUCAAUCUGUCAAAGCCUAAAUGUAUAUAGAAAUCUUUCCAGAGACUCUCUGGGAAGACUGUUAAUGGUAUCCAUAGGGUCUUUGUGGCAUUGAGAAGGGAAUCAGGCUACAGACUACACUUGUUGCUGUGACAUUGUGAAAAUCAAGGUUAAAAAACUGAGGUUUUUAUUCAAUCAGGUUUUUCCCUAAAUAGAAAUUUAAAUAUCUGCUGAGCUGUGAAUGCCAUCCCUUUAUCCGGUACCUAAAAUUCAAGAGGGAGAUUCGACACACUGUGAUGAAGGUUCUCCAAUUGGGAAUUGAACAGCAGUGUAAAUGGAAAACCUGUUCUCUGUGUGGUUCCUGAAAGUUCCAACACUGACAGGGAAGAUCAGGUCAGAUUUCCACUUUAUUAAAUAUAACAAUUGGUGUUUUCAAGAAUUUUGAUGGCAGCCUGUGGUAAUAUUCUCUAAUUACUUUUAUUCUUUUCUCUGCUACCCAGCUUUAUUUUAGCCUUUAUGAAUUAUUGUUUUGAUGAAA